GGGCUAGACUUCUCCACAAACCUCUCCACACUCUUCACUCUUCCCACUGCGGAGGAUUCAUGCCUACUCCUGCACGCUGAUAUCCCUUCACGCUCGUUGGACGAUACCAUCGCGGAGGCUCCGGACUCCGACUCAGGUCUGCAGAUCUUCGUGGGGAUAGCCUACUAACGUGAAAGCCCUACAUGCCGAACUCAGAUAGUAAGGGAUAAUCGCGUACUGGUAGGAGGAGUAGACAAUUGAUUGCGCGUUGUACGGACGUACAAUGGUGACUUACCUAUGUCCUUGACCCCAUGUUGCUUUGUUCUUACUCCUCCUAUUAUCUCUUUCGGCCAUCUAGCUCGAUUGACUUAUUAGGCUAUCGAGUCCCUCGAACCAGAUUCACAGCACUUGUACAGCUAUUCGCCAAUCAUGGCAGACAAACUAGGGGAAACAAGAAUCGAUGACAUCGAGGACCUGAAGCCUAGCAGAGAACAAGGCAAUGUUAGGCUGCCAGUCCCUAGCAAUGAUCCCAACGAUCCUCUUAACUGGCCCCUCUCCAUCAAGAUCUCAGUCUACCUGACGGUCUGCUUCUUCACAUUCAUCGCCAACGUCAACGGUAGCAACUUCACCGUCGCCAUAGUACCUCUACGAAAGCACUUUCAUAUCGAUCCUACGGAUGCAACUCUACUCGUUGGACUCAAUGUCCUUAUGUUUGGAGUCGGCAACAUCUUGUGGGUGCCAUUGAUGCGUGUACUGGGCAAACGUCCAGUAUACCUGAUGGCCCUGACAGUCCUCACUGUCGCCAAUGUCUGGAGUGCUUUCGCAAAGACCUGGGGAAGUCUUCUUGGUGGACGUAUGCUCAGUGGUGUUGGUGCCGCUUGUGCCGAUGCUACAGUGCCUUCUCUGGUAGCUGAGAUGUUCUUCUUUGAUCAGCGUGGCCAUUGUAUGAUGUUCUUCCAUCUGGCUUUGGCAUCUGGUCUCUUCCUCGGACCACUCAUCAAUGCUUACAUUGUCGGACUACACGGUUGGCGUUGGAGCUGUGGCUUUAUCGCCAUCUUCUCUGGUGUUCUUCUCAUCUGCACCUUUUUCCUGGUCCGAGAGACACAAUACAUCAAGCCUCGCAUCCAGCAUCCUGAGGACGAUGUUCCAGUCAAGAGAAGUUUUGUAGGCUGGCUGUCACCAACAGUGGGCUUUAACCGUCAAGGCCACUUCCUACGAACAUUUUGGGAUAUCCUACGCAUGGCCACUUAUCCGCCAGUCUUCUGGGCAGGCAUCCUAAUCGGCUGUUUCGUCGGCUGGACCAUCAUCAUCCAAAUCGCCACCACUCAAACAUUUACCCAGCCACCCUACCGCUGGACAACAGGCACCGUGGGCCUAUUCUCCCUAUCCGCUUUCAUAGGCGCUCUACUGUCCUUCUACGUCGGUGGCAGACUUAUCGAUUUGAUCGCCAAUCGCGCUCGAAGGCAUACCUCACACCCUCGCCCCGAGAUGCGUCUCAUCGCCCUCAUAAUCCCCGCCAUCAUCGGUCCUCUAGGCGUCAUAACCUACGGCCAAUGCAUCUUCCACAAAACCACAUGGAUAGGCCCAGCUUUCGGCUUCGGCAUGCACGCCUUCGCCCUCACCGCACUAUCCAACAUUGUAGUCACUUAUGUGGUAGACUGCUAUCAACAAUUCGCCGGAGAAGCGCUUGUCAUUGUGUUUGUGAUAAGAAAUGUUAUUGCGUGCGUGUUGAGCAUGUAUUCUAGUGAUUGGAUUGCUGAGCAAGGUGCUUCUGUUGUGUUUGGAGAGAUGGCGGCGAUUCAGUAUUUUUUGUUGGUGUUUGCUGUGCCGCUGUAUUUCUGUGGGGCUUCUUUGCUUAAAUUUACGAGUGGUUAUGGACCUAUGAGGAGGGUGGGGUGUUAGGUGGUUAUAGAUAUGCUUGAUGGUAUAUUACUGAG